AUGAAGCAAUUAGUGGUUAAUGACUUCAACAGUUGGUUAGGGUACUUGAUAGAUCAUGUUAGUGAAAUCAACCCAAUCUGGAGAGACUAUGUUGAAACUGGAAAUAUUUAUUCGAUUACCCAAGAAUUUGAUUUAACCACAGAUACGGUUAAUAAUAUUAUUUCAACUUUGGAUAAAGCUUUGAGAAGAUUAAUUAUGAAGAGUAUCAGCCCUGAAGUUAAAAUAAAAGUCGAUGAGUUUUAUAAAAAUAAAUUUAGAAUUCGCAACUCAUUAAAUCUUUUAGCUUAUUUGAAAGACCUUUACGGUAAGAGAUGUGUUAAACACAUUGCACCAAUUUAUCUUGAAAUUAAUUCUGCUUCCUCUAAGUCAUUGAAGGAGAAAAGUAUUUGGAUUAAAGAACUCGUUAAUUGUAUGCUUGAUGAAGAUAAAUUAACUCACAAAAUUGCUGAUCCUGAAAUUAAAGAGGUUGUUGCUGAGUAUUUUCUACAGCUGCAAGAUUCUGUUUCUGCUAUGAUGUUAAUUGGUAUUACUCCAGAAAUUGAACAAAAGGUUUAUGAUUUCUUUGGUCAGAAAGAAUCUGUUACUUUCAAGGAGAUAUCCGACAUGAUCGAGACUAAUAAGUCUUCUACUGCUGAUGAAACCGGUACUGCUCUUGUUGCCAAGAAAAACUGGUAUGGUAAUAAGCAAAAACAAUUCUGUAAGACCUGCAAAGGUUUUCAUGCUUCAUCUAAAUGUCCUAAUGGUAAUAAGACUGCUUCCAAGACAACAACUAACCAAAGUGAGAAAGAAAUCUGGGAAUCAGGGAUGAUUGGUUACUAUAAUGCUGAAAAACCUACCUCAAAUGUCCAAGUUAAAGGAGUUUGGAUUGCUACUGAAUCUGGAGAUUUAUGUUUUAAUUCUCAAAUUUUAUCCCCCUCCUCUUUUACUUCUGAGGAUAAGUCCAUUUGGCUUCUAGACACUGGAUGUAGUACUCACAUUACAUGUAAUAGAGAAUCGUUCUCUAACUUUAGACCAUCCACAAAUAAUGGUACUAUUAGUGGUGUAGCCGGUGCUGUUAAAAUCAGAGGUUAUGGUGAUGUUCGGGUUGGCGAAUUAACUCUUUGUGAUGUUGCUUAUGUCCCUGACUUACAGGUUAACUUAAUUUCCAUUCGUCAAGCCUCUAAGAAGGAAGGUUGUUCUUUUUCUUUUGACAAUGCUAAUGCGUAUGUAUUAUCUGAAAAUAAGAAAUUAAUCAAGAUUGGAAGUGUGUAUAAGAAUCUGUACGUUCUUGACCAAUCCUUGCCUAAGAUUGACGAAACUCAAGUAUCUUUUGUUGCUACUAGUGAUCCCUUACUUCCUUCUGAUUUGAAACCUGUUUCAACUGCUAUUCGCUGGCAUGCCCGGUUUGGGCAUCCCGGUUUAGACAGGUACAAUACUGUUGCUAGAAAAUUCUCACUUCCAAGAAUUGUUCCUGAUCAAAUUUCCGUGUCUCCUACGUGUGCUCUUGCUAAGGGCGUUAUGCGUAAAGGUAAGCCAUCUGACACCAAACUCACCUGUCCUUUACAAUUAGUCCAGGUUGAUUUAUGUGGUGGUUUUCGCUAUAAGGAAUUUGAAGAUAACAAAUAUUUUAUGACCAUUCGUGAUGCGUUUACUAGGUAUUACGUUGUUAUCCACUUGAAAGAUAAGAAGGAUGCUCCAGUCCAAUUAUUUAAUUGGAUUAAGAAAACUGAAAAGUUUUUAGCAUCCAGAGGUGGAUAUAAAGUUGGUUCAUUACGUACUGAUAAUGGUGGUGAAUUUAGAAAUAAGCUUUUACAUGAUUUCCUAAUUGAACAAGGAAUAACUCAUGAGCUUACCGUUCCGUAUAAUAGUUUUCCAAACGGUGGUGUCGAACGUGGUCAUCGUACCAUUGAGGAAACAACGAGAUGUUUGCUUAUCUCAGGCCGUGUUCCACCAUCGUUAUGGAGUGAAGCUGUGUCAUGCGCAGUUUAUCUAAUUAAUCGAAUUCCUGUCACCUCCAGACAAAAUAAGAUUCCUGUUGCUGAGUGGUAUCAAAUGAAAUUACCACUAGAUGGUUUUAGCCAUUUGCGUACUUUUGGAUGUGCUGCUUUUGCAACUAUUCCUCACCAACUGCGUGAUGGUAAAUUUUCUCCAGCUUCUAUUCAAGGUGUGAUGGUUGGUUACGACUCCGAACACAAAGGUUAUAGAAUUUUCCAUCCUGAAACUGGUAAAGUAUUUGUCAGUAAUCAGGUUACUUUUGAUGAAUCUGUCUUUCCGCUUGAAGGUUUCGAUAUAAAUGUAGAUACCCAUAAAUUUGCUACCGGCACAUUGAAUGGUACUCCAUCGUACUCCAGUUCUGCAUCUACGUUUACCGGGGGUAUUCUGUCAACAGCUUUAUCUGCUGGAUCCUCAACUUCAAAACCUCCACAUUUACCAAAUGACAGUACUGAUGCUACAAAUGUAGAUAGUAACGAUCGAAUGGAAAUUGAUAACUCCCAUACAGAAACCUGUAAUCAAUCUAUUGUUCCAAAUUCACCAGACAUAACUGAUGAUCAGGUUAAUAAUCGCAAGACAAGUAGUGAAACCACUGGUUCCUCGUUGCCUGAUGAAUCAUCCAUUGAUUCGAAUUUUAAACCUUCCUAUCAUUUAGUAUCCACGUCUAAAAAUAUUAACAGCCAAGAUGGUAUUUCUAAACAAACUAAAUCAUACACUGGCUCAUCUGGAGCUGUUGUUGUUCCCCCAGAGGAUGCAAUUGUUAAUACUCCAAUAUCUCUCUCGAGUUAUGAAUCUACUGGGUCUUCCGAUAAUUUUUACAGGUUACUAGAACAAAACAGAGAUUCAUCUCAAAAUGAUCAAUUACAACUAACCCAUCUCCAAAACCAAAUCGAGUCUUUAGAACGCCUUAACAGCGUCCAGGCUUCUUUACUUGAUACAAUCAGAAACACACAGAAGUCUUCGAAUGAUGUUGUUGCUAAUGACAUCUACAAUGAACAUAUCACCGAAUUUCCAAUUACGAGAUUUACUAAACAUCGUAAAGUUCAUCUCGAUGACAUUGAUCGGACGGUGGGUAUUGGUAACACUUUAACAACUUUAGACAUUCAAAAUUUCUCAUCAGUUACUUUACCUCCUUCCUCGCCUUUUAAUGAAUCCUCCCAGAAAGUCCAACGAAACGUGUCAGAUAUGCACUCUGAACAGUUACGUAAGGAAAUUUCUGAAAACCGAAUUCCUGCAUCUUGGUUUCUGUCUGGUUUACCAAUUGGCCAGUUAUCGUUGCCUUCACCUUCCGACAUGGUACCUCUAGCUUCAUCUAUCCCAGAUACUCAUUCUACUGAUCUUAUCACUCAAGGGUUUUACUCUCCAGUUGCUGGUGGAUCUGACUCAAGAACCUCCUCUGACUUAUCAUCCCCGUUGGGUUCCGCAUUAUAUGCUGUUUGUUUAGCUGCAUCUGCUAGUAACACCUCGUUACAGGUCCCAGUAUCUAUAAAGGAAGCAUUAUAUGGUCCUGGUGGUAGUGAAUGGCACGCUGCUUGUUUAAAAGAACUCACUGCGUUUAAGGAUCAUAAGACAUAUUCUCUGGUUCCUUUACCAUCUGAUCGUCGCUCUCUUGGCACUCGUUAG